UGACGUCACUAUGGAGGCUGCAUGAACAAAAAAUCGCAGUACAGAAAAGACCUGAACAAGAAGAAGAAAUUGACCGUCGAAGGUAAUCCACUAAUAGCAGGUAAAAAUUCCUUAAGGUAUUACAAUAAUUAACAGUAGUAAAAUGGACGUUGAAGAAGAGAACUUUUUCGGAUCUUUGUGUCGAACCUGUGCUAUAAACAAUGCAGAACAUUUUAUAUUCCGUACCGAGAAAGAAGUAACUGUAAAUGUACCAGAAAUGCUUUUUUACUGCACAUCCCAGGAGGCAACGUUGGAUGACAAACUUCCAAAAAGGAUGUGCAUAACUUGCUUGAGUUUGCUGCAAAAAUUUUACGAAUUUAAGAAACGUGCAAUUGAGACGACGGAAUACCUUUUAUUGACGACACUGAAUAAAGAAAAUAAGGACAGUGCUUUGAAUAAUAUACCGUUAAAAGGAAAAAUUAUAAACAAUCUCAAUGUCCGCAACUUAUAUAUCACUGCAAGGGAUACUGAACGAUUUUUCAACGAUAAACAGGAACAGACAAAUAAAAGAAAGGAUAAUAAUAUUGCUUACAAUCCGUUGAUAAAAUCUUUUAAAACUGAUUCGAACUCUAUUAUUAAACACUCACUGUCUGACGAUAGUCAAGAGCCAAUAAAAAAAUAUGUGUGUGAAUGUUGCGGAAAAAUCUUUGGUUGCAGCAGCAACCUAAGUCAACACAAGAAAAGUCAUACAGAAACUAAACCAUUUUCAUGUACUUUUUGUGGAAAAAAAUUCAAAAGAACAGAACACCUCAGUGUUCAUAAAAGAAUUCAUACAGGAGAAAGGCCCUUUUCAUGUCCAACUUGUGGCAAGAAGUUUACACAAAAAGCUUCACUGUCAUUUAGCCAAUCAGCCAGCUUAAUAUAUCAUACACGUUCGCACACAGGGGAAACCCCUUACGCGUGUACUGUAUGCGGUAAAGGAUUCACGCACAGCGGUAAUCUCAAUAUUCACAUGAGAUUCCAUGACAACGAGCGGCCGCAUGGAUGUCAGGUGUGCAAAAAGACAUUCCACACGAGUUCGUAUCUUAACAUACAUAUGGCGCAACAUACCGGACUGAGACCGCAUCAGUGCACUGUAUGCGGGAAAGCGUUCGCAAGAAGGGAAAGGCUAAAAAUGCAUAUUANAAAGCCAAAGAGCCCGCGUUGA